UUACAAUCAAACACUCCACAAAGAAAAAAAUGAAAUAACAGCAAAUAGCAAAUAGCAAACAGCUAUUGACCAUAAAAACUUUUUCGAAGAUCGACCAUCGUGAUUGGUAACAAGGGGUGGUAGAGAACUUGCAUGAUGAGCCAGUUACCAGUCACUUAUUUAUACGUGUGUAAUGGGACUGCCACUGAUGGAAAGGAUACUAACAGAAUACCAGAACUUUGGUCAAAUUUACAUCACUAGGAGAUCAAAUUAAAGGUAAACAUGUUGGACAUUGUAUCUAAAAGAACACAUGAUGUGUAAAAACACUAAAUAAUGAAGUUAUUAUGGAUCAAAAGACUAAUGUUGAAAUUUCAGAUCUUCCAGCCUAUAUAAUUGUUCACAUUUUUAAAUUUAUCGAUCGCACAGACCUGCUAUUUUCUAUUAGAAAUACUUGUCAAUUAUGGAACCAGCUGAGCCGAGAACGAGUACUGUGGAGAACGCUUGAUGUUACAGAUUUCCACAAUUAUGUCUUUACUCCGAAGACAUUCCUAGAACUCUUGAGAGACACCUGUGAAGCUGUGGAAUCCUGCCACUUCAAUCUAAUUCAGCAUGAUCUGAAAAUAAUUAAACACGAGGGAACCAUAUGUCCACAUCUCCAGGAAAUUUGUAUUGGUUUCCGUAACAAGGCUAAUUUGAACAACGUAAUUUCUACUAUUGAUGUUAAUAAUGGUCUGCUAAGGCUGUCAGAAAAAUAUCCUGAUCUUAAAAAGUUGUGUAUAGUUAACCAAGUGCUGCUGUUUGAGGACAUUUUUAAGACUCUUGAAGUGUUUGUCUAUGAAAGUAUUGACAGAUCAGUUGGCCGAAUACGAGCUAGAGAAUUUCUGCAGCAUCAUUCAUGUUUAAAACAUAUCACGCUAAAAAGAUGCAUUUUAUCAGUUGCUGCAGUAACUAAGAUUCUGACAGAAUACAGCCAGCUAAUAACACUAGAUCUUUUGGGAUGUACUUGUGUAUUUGAUGAGUUGAAUAAUGCUCUAAAUCUAGAAGAUUUAAAAGUUGAAAAAUUGAGGACACUAAACUUAAGUGAAACUGAUGUUGUAGAUGGGCUUCUACAGAAAAUUGCUCGAAAAGCAGCCAAGUUGGAGCAUCUAAAUAUAGCAAAAUGUCCUAGAAUAACAAAUGCAGCCAUUGAACAUGUUGCCAAAUUUUGUACUAAUCUUAGAAUCUUGAUUAUUAACGUUGAUGUUAUCAAUCAUUCUGAAGGUCAGUUUGAUGUCACAGGCGCUGGAAUAGAAAGAAUAGCUGAAAAUUGUCAUCAUUUGACUGUCCUUAAGAUAAACAAUUGUCCAGAGGUUGGAGAUAAUGGAGUCGCAUCCAUUGUUAAGGCUUGUCAUCAACUAGUUGAACUAGAAGUAGCAGGCUGUUUGUCGUUACAAGAUGAGACAGUGCUCUCACUUGUAAAAAACUGCUUAAGAAUUCGGAGACUUAAUUUGGGGAACUGUCCACAACUUACAGGAAGAUCUAUUAGUUCUGUCUUAAAACAUUGCAAGAAUCUGAGAUACCUGAAUAUUGAAUCCUGUCAUAGAGUAGCUGACCUGGAAUUGAUAGAGAGUAAAACGCAUGAAAUUUUAGGGGAUAGUGAUUAUGAGGUAAAGGUUGAGGAAGUCAACUGUGAACUCAUUGGUAAAAAACAUAAGGUUGAGACUGCCCCUGAAAUACUUGAAAAUGACAAUUUCUCAAAAUUGGAAGAUGUCAAGACUAAAGUGGCUGAUGAAAAGAAUGGUAUGGUUGGAGCUGUCCCUGGAACACUGGAAACUGAAGAUACAUGUACUGAUACAGUAGAAAAGCAACAAGCUGAAAGUGCAGAAUAUAUUUCUGAAGAGUUUGAAUGCUCGGACAAUGAAUUGAGAACAGAUGAAAAUGCAGUAAAGCCAUUUGCAGACUUGUCGCAAGCUACUGAAACAAAAUUUACACAUGAUAAUGUCCCAUCUGUGCAAUUUUUAAGGUUUCUUGAGAAACAUUCACAUGUUAGUGUUUUAAACCUUAGUUUCUGUUCCAAGGUUACAAAUAACUGUAUAAAGCAGAUAGCUCAGCAUUGCCCAGAUUUACGCGAGUUGGACAUACAAGCGUGCUACAUGGUGACAAAUGCAGGUGUGCGAGAACUGAUACAGCAUUGCAAGUUUCUCCAGACCUUGAAUAUUUCGGGAGGUUCGGUUUCCCAGACAAGCAGGCUGACAGACGAUUGCUUAGAAGACAUCAUUAGGUAUGGAAACCUUAAAAAAUUGAUGAUUGUGAAAAAUUACAAUAUCACUGCAGAUGGUGUAUUUAAGGUGGUUCAGAACUGUGAGGAGAUUCAGUCUUUGACAGUAGAAGUUAGUAGAAGGUCUAACAUCAGUAAGGAAAUGUUGAUUGAACUUUCUGGAGAUGUAAAAGAUAAAACCAUUUGUUUACAGUUCAGAGGUGACGUAGAAAUCUUAGUGUUUAAAGAUGCUGAGUUCAAACUUAGGCAUCAGUUAGAUGAUAGUGGUAUACACAAUAAAAUUUAAUAAAAUAUUUA